AUGGAUUAAAGAUAGAAAAGUGAAUACCAAGGAUUCUCAUGGCAUUCCCUGUAGGAUUAAAAUUCAAUUGUUUACUUUGCAGUAACUCACAAAGAUUUUCCAGAUGAUAUCUGUUCCAGAUUUUUAAAGCAAAUCACGAACCAAUUAUACUAAAAUGAAGCAGAUUUCAAAAAAGAUCCAUAGAAUGUCAUAUCAUUAAGUUAAAAUGCAAGAAUAAGUAUCCAUGAACUGCACUCAAAAUAUCAAGAUCAUAAAAAUCUUGAUAAAACUAUAGUAGCAUAGAGUACUCUGGAAAAAGUGACAGGAAUGAUGAAGUAAAAUAUUGGAAAGAUCAUUGAUAACAGGAAUGAAUUCAAUGAUCUAGAAAAUAAGAGUGGAAAUUUAAAGGACACUGCUUCAAGAUUUAGGAUGAACAGUGCUAAAUUAGAAUAACAAGCAAAAUGGAGAAAUCUUAGAAUGAAGUUAAUCAUUUUAGCAAUGAUUGUGCUUUUGACAAUUACUAUCUUUUGGCUAGUCUAUUGA